AGUGUUUCUUUAAUGUUGCUAACAAGACGCUGAUACAAAAAUGCCUACUGCUGCAGUGAUAAUGGAUGAAAAUUAUGAUAAACUUUUAGAACAGUGCGAAACACAGGAGCUUGAGGCUCCAGGUGGCAUUGCAACCCCUCAAGUGUAUGCCCAGCUAUUAGCGCUUUAUCUACUGCACAAUGACAUGAAUAAUGCCAGGUACCUGUGGAAGCGAAUUCCUCAAGCCAUCAAAUCGGCAAACCCAGAGCUGAUGGCAGUAUGGGCAGUGGGUCAGCGUAUAUGGCAGAGAGACUUCCCAGGAAUCUACUCGGCCAUUGCCGCCCACCAGUGGUCUGAGAACAUCCUGCCCGUCAUGGAGGCCCUGCGAGAGACCACCCGCAGGAGGGCAUAUGGCCUGGUUGCCCAGGCUUACACUUCCAUCACAGCUGAAGACUUUGCAGCCUUUGUGGGGUACUCCGUGGAUGAAGCUGUGAAGGGGGUGGUUAGCCAGGGCUGGCAGGCAGACCCUGCCACAAGGAUGGUAAUGCCCCAGAAGCCAGAUCCUCCCCCUGUUUCGCUGGUGCCAAAUGAACAGCAGCUGGCCAGACUCACUGACUACGUGGCUUUCCUUGAGAACUGAUAAAUUCCCUUCAGCCCCAUUUGUCUGCUGUGAGGAGGACACCAGAAUGUGCCUCUUCUUGAACUCAGAUGGACACACAAUACACACAUGCAGAACCUCAAGCCCCUCUCCCCCCCUCGGUGGUUUACUCUAGUCAUGUCUCUGAAAGAUAGGCCUUGGACUUUAGUUUGUAAGCCCGCUAUCUCCAGUUUGGGGCAUAGAUUACCCAUUCAUGCAGUUGUCAUCUUGUAUUUGAAUAUUUCUGUGACUGUGUUCCUUUAAGUAGUAUUAGGUUUUGCACCUCAUGACUACAUGAAGUUAUUUGAUAGGAAAACACUUCACCAUGUUUUACACAGUAUCGAAUAUGAAUAUAUAAAUAGCUCUAGCCCGGACUAUCUGAGCAUAAGAUUGUCCCUGCCCGCAAUGUAAAUUCUUCAGAUGACUCCUGGGUCACGUCAUCACAUCUACGUCAUACAUAGAUAUCACUAACCUCACAUGCCGUUAGGGUAUGCUGCAUGUGAGUAAAGGCUGUUUAAAAAUGAGACCCCUCUCUCUUACAACACUCUCCUAUGUAUAGAGACUGCCUGUGAAUCAUUGUUUGUUUUGACACUUGAAUAAAUGUUAUGGUUUAUUUCUAA